AUGCGUUCCCUCCUUCCCCUCGUCACCCUCCCGCUCCUGGCCCUCGCGGCCCCACCAGUCUCUCCAACAAUAACGCGGCUCGUUUUCUCGGGCUCAGGAUGUCCCAAUGACUCUGGUUCCGUGAAGUCCGAUACCGCAACCCUCGGUGACAGCGCCGGCGUCUCUUUCACGCAACUCAAAGGCGACACAACAGACAACUGUGCCGUACACAUUCAGUCAGCUGGAGCGAGCGAAGGCUGGCAAGUUGCGGUUCGACAAGUGGACUACGUGGGCGAUGUAAAUUUGAAGGGAAACAGCGGACUGGAUACAUACACCCAGGUCUUCUGGAGUGAAAAUGCUGGAAAUACUGGUGUGCUCACAGGUGGUCUCACAUGUGCUGGCCCAGAGAUCAAGGACUACAUUACUGUGCGGAGCAGCACCGCAGAUCUGAAGUGGUCAAAGUGUACUGGCGCAGAUGGAAAUCCUGGUAUAUUGAACGUCAACUUUAGGCCAGUCGUCCAGGGGGACUUUGGUACAUAUGACUUCAAACACGCUGCGUGGAAGUUGGAAUGGCGGAGAUGCUAGAGUGGUACGAAGGUCUGCUUUUGAAGAAGAAGAGAAAAGCAUGUGUAUAACAAAACUUGGUGCACGAAAUGCAAGCAGAAAUGAAGAUGAAC